AUGUCCUCCUCGCUUUCCGUCUCGUCCCCUGCCCCCACCAAGAUCGUCAUCCCCGACCUCGUCUCCCACUGCACCAUCCCCGUCCGGUGCAACCGCCACAACAAGCAAGCCAGUGUCGAGUCGAAGCGAUGGCUCUUCCGCGGCGGUGACCUCAGCCAGAAGAAGCGCGACGCGUUCCACGGGCUGAAGGCGGGUUACCUGACUUCGAUGUGCUACCCUCUCGCGGGCUACCCUCAGCUGCGAGUAUGCUGCGACUUCAUGAACUACCUCUUCCACCUCGACAACAUCUCCGACGAGAUGGACGACCGCGGUACCCUCGGAACCGCUAUGAAGGUCAUGGAUCCUCUCUAUCACCCGGAAUCUUCGCGUCCGACGUCUCGCGUUGGAAAGAUGACCAAAGAUUACUGGCGGCGUCUCAUCCAGACGGCAUCGCCUGGAGCACAGCAGCGCUUCAUCGAGACGUUUGACAUGUUCUUCCAGGCGAUCACAGAGCAAGCCCGGGACCGUGCUAACGGCAUUAUCCCUGACCUCGAGUCGUAUAUCGCCAUCCGGCGCGACACUAGCGGCUGCAAGCCAUGCUGGGCGCUCAUCGAGUAUGCCAACAACCUCGACCUACCGUGGGAAGUUAUGGAUCAUCCAAUCAUACGCGGCCUGGGAGAAGCCGCCAAUGAUCUGGUCACUUGGUCAAAUGACAUCUUCUCCUUCAACGUGGAACAGUCGAAAGGCGACACGCACAACAUGAUUAUUGUCGUGCAGAAGCAGCAAGGCCUUGAUCUCCAAUCGGCCGUCGACUUUGUCGGCGAUCUCUGCAAGCACAGUAUCGAUCGUUUCCACUUCCUCAGGGAGAACCUGCCCUCUUGGGACCCGGAGACCGACCGCCAGGUCGCUAUCUACGUCGACGGCCUCGCCGACUGGAUCACUGGCAGCUUGAAGUGGUCGUUCGAGUCAGAGCGCUACUUCGGCAAGCAGGGCCUCGAGGUGAAGCGGACACGUGUUGUCACUUUGCUCCCUCGCCGCGCGUGA